CAGGCGACCAGGAACAAUAUCGAAGAGCUAUGUAAGGGUCUGAUGCUUAAGGUGAUUAAAAGCUCGGCAAAGCUUCCUAUGACUGAAUCUCGGCCAAAAAGACCAGGGAUAGGAAUUAAGCCGGCUGGCUGGAGACAGCACUUGGGAUCAACAUGUCUUAGCUCGGCCGUACAGUUCCCGGCUACAUUUAGUUUCCGGUAG